AUGCUGUGCAGAACAAGAGUUGCAUGGUUGGUUGCCACUAGUGGUGUGACGCUGCCAAAGUGGGUAACACGUGAGGAGGGUACUGUUGGCACACACACAUGGCGCAUGUUCUUUGAAUGCCAGAAUAAUAAUAAUAAUAAUAAUAACGACAUCAACAAGAUCAACAAAAACAAUAAUAUCACAACAACUGCUACGAUGCGGCCUUCUGCAUGGCAUGAUCUAGCGCUGCAUCCUUGUUCAGAUUCGGCUAUCAUCACAUUUGUGUGUGAAAUACCGAAAGGAACUCGUGCCAAGAUGGAACUUAUGAAAGAGGAGGUUCAUAAUCCACUGGCGCAGGAUGUACACCGGAAAAAACCCGGGAAACCCCUGCGUUUCUUCACAUAUGGUGAUAUUCCGUUUAAUUACGGUUUUGCCCCCCGCACGUGGGAGGACCCCACCGAACUUGACGCCGACACCCGCUGCCACGGCGAUGGGGAUCCGAUUGAUGUUGUGCAUUUGGGCGGGCGGCCCGCAGUGACCGGCGCGGUGCAGGCCGUGCGGGUGUUGGGUGUGUUGGGGCUCAUUGAUGAGGGCGAGACCGACUGGAAGAUUAUCGUAGAGCCGUACGGGGACCCACACGCGUAUGGAUCGUUGGCAAAUGUGCCGCAGGAACUACGAGAGGGAAUUGUGAAGUGGUUUCGUGAGUACAAAACGACAGAUGGAAAGGGACGGAAUGAGUUAACACAUGGGGGAGAAAUACGGGGAGUGGAGGAUGCAAUGCAUGUUAUUGGGGUAUGUGCGCGACAGUAUGAGAAUCUUAUCUCUGGUACAACAAAGAACCCUGGGUAUUGGCUCCGUUAA